CCUCCUCCUCCUCUCCCAACUCCGUCUCCUCCGCAGGGAUUUGUUUCUGGGACCAUGGCGCUGCACUCCUUUAAUUCCUCUGUAUACGUGGCGUUUCAUUUAGUCAUUAUAGCGUUUCUUAAUCUUAUCACAGCAGUCCCGGGCUCCAGCUCUAAAGCUGUGUCACUGCUGCAGCCGUAUGAUUUGUUGUACUACAGCGGAGUCCGCUCGUACUUCGGUGGGGAGUGGGUGAAGGCUGCGGAGCUGCUGGAGAAAGCGAUCCUGACCAAGGAGUCACUGCACAGGGUCCGCAGGCAGUGUCAUGAUGACUGUGUGGCAGCUGGGAGAGAGUCAUUCAACGCACUGGACUCUGCAGAGGGGAGAAUGUGGGACCUCUGGACCAUGGACUGGAUGCAGCAGAGAGCUGAAUGUUUGAAGUUCUGCAUUGGACGCUCUGUUACACCUGCAGGGCAACUCCCUGUUUCUUCAGACAUAGAAUAUGAAUUCAGCACUCGUAACCCUUACAACUUCCUGCAGGUCACGUACUACAAGUUGGAAAAGUUGCAGAAGGCAGCAUCAGCAGCUCAUACCUACUUUGUGGCCAACCCCAGUCACCUGGAGAUGAGGAACAACAUCGAGAAGUACAGACGGAUGGAAGGAGUGACUGCGGAGGCUUUCCAGGACAGAGAGCUUGAAAAUGAGAAACACUGGGUCUUUUAUGACUCUGCAGUUCAGCAUGAGGCCUCCUCUGACUGGGUGCAAGCAGCAGCGAAAUGGAAAGCGUGUGUGAAUGAAACACUGCGGCAGACAGACGAGUGCAGGGUGCAGUGUGAGGUGGCCUCCCAGCGGCUGCCAGAGAACAGGGGAGUGGAUAGUGCUGACGGCGUGUACGAGAAGGCUGCAGCUCUUUCCCUCUCACUGCUCUCGUGCCGGCAGUCCUGUGUGACUCAGAUCGCCACCAGACCUGGGAGGAUUUCUGCUCAGGAGGACUUCCUGCCCACACAGCUGGAGCAUCUGCAUAUUGCACAGUUUAAAGCUGACGAUAUUAGUGGAGCAGUGCAGACGCUUCGCUCUCUUCUCCUGUUUUACCCCUCUGACAAGGACUCCUUAGACAACCUGCAGCUCUACCAUCAGACACUAGGAGGAGACACAGAGUCACAGGGCACACAGCCUGCUCAGGAGAUUGUGAGAUACAUUAGUCGCUCUUUGGAGGAGAAGAAGCUGCUGUAUUUUGGUAUGGAGAGCCUUGACUUCAGUUUCACAGACCCAGAUCUUUGGACUCCAGAAGAUGUUGUACCUGAAUCACUCAGGGAAACAUGGAGAACUGAAAAAGAGAAAAUAAAUGAGAAAAUAAAAGAGGGAGAGCAGCAGAAGGAGGAGCAGGUCGAUGACAGUGGAUUUUUUUCAGGUGGCCCAGUCCUUCAGAAGGGUGUGACCAUCACCAUGGAUGACGAGGUUAUGAACGGGACCAAUCGGGUCGUCCUUGACGGAGUCAUGACCGAGAAGGAGUGUGAGAGAAUACUGCAGUUAGCAACAGCUGCCGCAUCUGCUGGAGAUGGUUAUCGGGGACGACGGUCUCCGCACACACCUCAUGAGACGUUUGAGGGCCUGACUGUCCUCAGGGCUGUAAAGUUGGCUCAGGAUGGCAUGGUGAACCAAUCAGAUGCCCGGCUGUUACACGAGCUGGGCGAGAGAGUGAGAGUCCUGCUGCACUCGUACUUCAGGAGCCCCUCAGGACUCUUCACCUCUUUCACACACCUGGUCUGUCGCAGUGCUGUCGCAGGUGACCAGGAGGGCAGGCUGGACCUGUCUCACCCUGUCCAUGUUGACAACUGUCUCCUUGAACCGGAGACCAAUCAGUGCUGGAAGGAACCACCAGCUUUUCUACACAGAGACCUCAGUGCCAUUCUCUACCUGAAUGACAACUUUGAUGGAGGAGAGUUGUUCUUCACUAAAAGGGACGCCAAGACCGUAACAGCUCGAGUAAAACCCAGCUGCGGUCGACUGGUGGGCUUCUCCUCGGGUCCAGUAAGUCCACACGGUGUUAGUGCGGUGACCAGUGGGCGGCGGUGCGCGCUGGCUCUCUGGUUCACCAAGGAGAAGCUCUACAGGGACAUGGAGCGAGAGGAGGCCGAGGCCAUGUGGGCUGCAGAUGGACAGAGUGUUGUGAAGAAGGACAAGGAGGAGGCAGAGGGCGGCGCCACGGCCGGCAGGAACGCUCGUAACCAAGCACCGAAGGAGAGAAGCAAAGGGAGAGGCACGGUGACAGGGGCCAAAGAUGAGCUGUAAGAGUCACAACAAACCUGACAGACUGAACCACCCAAACUGGAAUAUAUAUUCAUACUGCGCCCACUCUCGUAGACCCAUCCAACAUCCCCUAACAGGACCAUUAACACCAACCAUAAAAACGUGUGAUUUUUCAGUUUUCAGUCACACAGUCACUUUCAUCAUCUUGGUGUGUUUUUAUUUAAAGCUGUUUGAUUGUGGUUACUGUAUUUAUACUGUAUAUGAUGAAGAUAAGUGAGGGAAACACAGUCCAUUCCUCCCUCUAACGUCAGUCUGUAAUUUUGUUUUAGCAGCUUCACUGACCGAUAUCACUCCCUGUAAAAAUGAAGAGAAUAAAAGAAGAAAUAAAUGUGACUUUUUACCAA